AUGGGAGGGGUUAUGGAGUGUUGGGGUGGAAGGCAUUGGAAGGCAUUGGAAACCAUUGCUGUAUUCCUGUAUACGUAUCAGUGUGGUGUUAACGAAGAAGUGAUGUCAGACUCUGCUGUAGAAAAGACUGAGUCCAGAAGACGGGACUCCGGUUCCGAUUCGGGCGAAGACUCCAAGAACUGGCGCUCACUAUUGCCGCCGAAGAUCUGUUAA